CAAAGUACGUAAGCAAUAAAAGAAAGGCAGCUGAGUUUCUGCAAAACGUAUAUAAUAGACCUUUAUAUCUUGGAGAAUCUAAGAACACAUGCAAUUGAUAUUAUUUCACACAUAUACUCUUAUUUCACAUAGUUGGGGAAUUAAAUCAAGCUCGAUGGAACGAUUCCGUGGUUAUCUCGAAAGGCUCACGCUGAACGGCCGAUCUAAAGAGCGAAAGCUACCAGCGAUGCCAUCGCUUCCAGAUGAUCGACCACAGCCCCUCGCAAGAAUAGCGCCAUUCCCAGCGGCCACAGCAAACAGCAGAUUCUUUAAAUCAUUACCUUCCGAGAUUCGACGUCGCAUUCUUGUCGAAGCAUUCGGCGAACGUGUACUACACCUAGAUUUACGCUUGGAGCACCCAUUAAAGAAAUACUCAAAGAAAGAUCGUAACAUUGCCAAACCGCGCCCUGAGCGACACGCAAACGCGCACCUGUUCCACCCGUCGUUACGUGACACUACCCAACCGCAGGAAUGGACAUGGUGGAGCUGCGUCUGCCAUACCCGAUUCCCGAACUGGAAUUUUAAUCUUGAUCCCCCAGGGGUUAGUAUUUUUGAUGAUGAGCCAGCGAAAGAUGGCUGUCGCGACCCUUUCAUGCUGCCACGAUGUCUCUGCGUCCUCUAUCCUGGCCAUGCACCAGCCAAAUGUUUCAUUGGUGUUCAAGGCUGGCUGUUGGUUUGUAGGCAGGCAUAUAUCGAAGGCGUCGAUGUGUUAUACUCCACGAACCGAUUUCAUAUCGCCUAUGCCGAGCUCGCUAUUCGUCUUCCUCGGCUUCUGCCGCUACAUCAUGUAUCGGCUAUCACAGCGGCUGAGUUAUCAUGGAAUUUAACUAUACCGCCCAGUGAAUAUUUCUGUUGGGAUGCCAACGAUAAAGAUGGGCUGCAAAACUGUGAUCGACUCGCACUCUUGGCACGUCUGCCGCAAAUCUUACCUAACCUCCGCUAUCUAUAUCUCUCACUUCAAGAUGUUCUACGCAUGCGGGAACCUAUGCCGGCAAUUGGAGGACGAGAAAUGUACGAAGAGAUAGAAGAGGUUCUACGAAAAGUUGACGCUAUGAUUGUACGAAUGUCGCGGCUUCAGGAGUGCCGCGUGGCCUUACCUUCAUCCCUAUACUCUACGCGUAAGCUCGUGGAAAAGGGUCGAGAUAUCGAUUGGGGUCGCGGGAUAGACCCAGACCCCGAGACUCUAUGGAGAAAUAUCCCAACUUCCGACGUGUCUACUGACCUCAAUACCGCGAAUCGGUCUAUUAGCGGUUAUUGGAUCGUCCACGGUGUCGAGGAUAUGUACCCACCGCCACUCCCCGAAGCGGUUUGAAGUUUGAGAUAUGGCAACAGUGAAGAAAACGGGACAUUAACAUGAGUGGAAUCAAAUAGUAGAAUUAUUCGCUAUUUAUCAAGAGCAAUGCUACUUUAUUUACGACGUUGGCACUGGUGGCCCGCUAGAAAUAGUUGUUACAGGCCCUGCAAUUCCGAUACAAUACCAAUUAUCCAGCCAAAGACCCGGACGGCAAAGGGAUGGAGUGGAAAGCUAGCUUCCACACGCUUAUCUUUGUGAAUAAUCGCUGUUUUAAAACUAACAAGGUCGCGAUAGGCGCUGGUGGCUUUACUGACGGAUGCGGGGGCUCUGGCUGGGCGUAGUUGAUGUCCGAGUUUACAAGGGAUAGCCGUAUUGUAUUUACAUAGAAAGUGAAUAAAAUAAGCUGGGUACCUAA